AUGACAAGCACCACUACAAAGAGCAGCUUCCAGGAUCCAUCCCAGAAAACACUCUGCAGGAAUCCAUUCCUGAGUAUCAAGUUCUUUGUUUUCUGCCAUGGACUGCUGCAGCUCUCCCAGCUCCUGGUCUCUGGCUAUCUGAAGAGCUCCAUCUCAACCAUCGAGAGACGAUAUGGCCUCUCCAGCCAGACCUCAGGGCUGCUCGCUUCCUUUAAUGAGGUUGGGAACACGUUGCUGAUCGUCUUCAUCAGUUACUUUGGGAGUCGAGUGCACAGACCUCGUUUCAUUGGCACCGGUGCCAUCCUGGUCUCCUUGGCUGGGUUCCUCAUGUCUAUCCCCCACUUCAUAACUGGACCCUAUGAGUAUGACCAGUCUGUUGCCAGCAUGUUCAGCAACACCACUGACCUGUGCCAGCCCAGGAUCCCAGAUUCCUGGGCUAACCUCAGUGAUGCCACCUGCACCCCCCAUGCCACCAAGGAGAACCACGAGGUUCUCCUCGUCAUGUUCAUUGCCCAGGCCCUGCUGGGCAUCGGUGGUGUCCCCAUCCAGCCCUUCGGUAUCUCCUACAUCGACGACUUCGCCAGUGAGAGGAACUCCCCCCUCUAUCUGGGCAUCUUGUUCUCCGUGACUGUCAUCGGGCCAGGGGUGGCCUUCAUGCUGGGUUCUGCCAUGCUGCGAUUUUACGUCGACAUUGACAAAGUCAGUGGAGCUGAAGUCCAGCUCACGAACAAGGACCCGCGGUGGGUUGGUGCCUGGUGGCUUGGUUUCCUGGUGGCAGCCAGCCUCGUGGCCCUGUCUGCUGUGCCUUACUUCUUCUUCCCACGGGAAAUGCCAAAAGAG